AUGGAAGAAGACCUACUGCUCAAUGGCACCGAGCGCAUUUGCGUUGACGGAGAGGUCACAUUAAUUCCCUCACCCACCAAUUCUCCAAAUGAUCCACUGAAUUGGAGCAAACCGAGACGUUACUGGCAUGCAUUUCUAGUCCUUGUGUUUGUUGCCCUGACCGCGGCAACUGCCAACGAUGCCGGCAACGCUGGAAACGGCAUGAACGCUGAUCUGGGUAUCACCUGGGAGCAGAUCAAUACUGCCGCAGGCGUCUUGUUUCUCGGCAUUGGAUAUACCACAUUGCUCCUCGGCCCAGCACCUUUCUUGUAUGGAAGACGUAUCUCGUAUCUGAUUUGUCUGGUGUUUUCCGUCAUCGGCGCCAUCGGGCUCGCCCGCACCCAAAAUGUCGGGGACAACAUCUGGAGCCAACUUUUCGUGGGCGCCUCCGAAUCCUGCGCAGAGGCACUUGCUCAGCUGUCUCUUUCCGAUUUGUUCUUCCAGCAUCAAAGAGGUAUGGUACUGGGAUUAUACGUUCUUGCCACGAGUAUUGGUACAUUCAUGGGACCCAUGAUAUCCGGCUUUGUCACUGACUCUCCACUGGGGUGGAGAUGGGUGGGCUGGCUUGCUGCUAUCAUAUCUGGGGGCUUGAUUUUUGUCUUUUACUUCACAUUGGAGGAAACAUUCUUCGAUCGGAACAACCCCAUUCGCGGACAUGAUGCGCCUCCUGGCAAGACUGAGCGCACGUCGAAUGACCUCCCGUUGGACAAAAAGGAUGAGCCUAUUGCGAGCGUGCAGCCGACACUCUCCGACAGUGGUCUUGAUGAAGAAUGCGGCCAGGAAAAAGGAAACACAUAUUUCCAGCGCAUCGCUCUGAUCACCCCAUCGCCAACACUCGUCGGGACGGGCUUCAAGCAGUAUUUCCGUCGCUUGUUGCACACACUGCGCGUCUUCACCUUCCCGGCAGUCCUCUACUCGGGCCUCCAAUGGGGUGCUCAAGAUGCCUGGCUGACCUUCUACCUCACCGUCGAGGCGGACAAUUGGUACGGGCCGCCCUGGAACUACAGCGACACCGAAGUAGGCAUCAUGAACGUUCCGACCUUGAUUGGUGCGGUCCUCGGCUGCAUUUACGGCGGAUGGUUCUCCGACUUCUUUGUUAUGUGGAUGGCCAAGCGAAACAAGGGCAUAUUCGAGGCUGAGUACCGUCUCUGGCUUCUGCUGCCUGUUGCGUUUAUCGGCCCUGCUGGCCUCAUGCUAUUCGGGAUCGGCUCGGAUAAAGGCUGGGACUGGCAUCGACCAUAUGUUGGACUGGGAUUGAUUGGUUUUGGCUGGGGUUGCGCAGGUGAUCUUAGCAUGGCGUAUCUCAUGGAUGCGUACCCGGAUAUGGUGUUGGAGGGCAUGGUCGGUGUCUCUGUCAUCAACAACACUAUUGGUUGUAUUUUCACAUUCACUGCCCAGAAUUGGCUGGAUGCGCAGAGUCUUGCGCAGGUCUUCAUUGCGAUCGGUGUCUUGAGCUUCGCUUCUAUUAUGACUACAGUACCGAUGAUGUACUGGGGCAAGACGUGUCGAAAGAUGACUCGGAAGCAGUACGAGGCUUUCUUGCUGCUUCGUGAUGGACCCUCUUAG